GAAAGCACUGCGCUGCGAGCUGUUGGUUUCUUCGUGGGAGCGAGUGGCUGCGAUGUCUGGCCGCGGGAAGCAGGGCGGGAAGGCGCGCGCCAAGGCCAAGUCGCGCUCGUCGCGGGCCGGGCUGCAGUUCCCCGUGGGCCGCGUGCACCGGCUGCUGCGCAAGGGCAACUACGCGGAGCGGGUGGGCGCCGGCGCCCCGGUGUACCUGGCGGCCGUGCUGGAGUACCUGACGGCCGAGAUCCUGGAGCUGGCGGGCAACGCGGCCCGCGACAACAAGAAGACGCGCAUCAUCCCCCGCCACCUGCAGCUGGCUAUCCGCAACGACGAGGAGCUCAACAAGCUGCUGGGCAAGGUUACCAUCGCGCAGGGUGGGGUGCUGCCCAACAUCCAGGCCGUGCUGCUGCCCAAGAAGACUGACAGCCACAAGGCUAAGGCCAAGUGAGAAAGCUGUGGACAGUGUGUGGAGAAACCCAAAGGCUCUUUUCAGAGCCACCUACAAAUUCAGGAAAAAGAGCUAAAUUCCUUUUUCUUAAUUUAUUAAUUGCCGUCUAUGACUUAUUUUUUGGAAGGGUGGUACUAAAUUCGUUAAUGCAAUUAUUUUUUAAGUUUAAUUCUUUGUGACCGUGUUAGUACUUUUUUUUUUAUUUCCCUGUAUUUUCCCCAUGUUUGGUACUAUUUGUUUAGCUUAGUCUGGCUGUACACAAGCACUCUUUCCCUACCUUUAUUUCCCAUCUCCCGUAGUCAAAUAUGAUUACAAAAGCAUUUAAAUGCCUGCUAUGUAAUGUUUGUGCUUCCCUUAAAAGAAAAUGGACUUCAGCCCCUUAAGUACCUAACUAAUCUGUAAGUGAUUCUUUAGGUGUGAACUGCCCCCUACGUUACUGCAAAUAUUUAAGGCAAUUUUUGAUGCUAUUACAAGCCUUUGAAGUCCUUCAGCAUGUAUUAGAUGUGCUU